UUAUAUUUUAUAUAAAAUAUAUAUAACAAAACCAAAUAUCCCAAUCGCUUUCCACCCAUUUUUCUUUUCCUUCCGUUUUCCUUUCUCCGAUUCAUUCUCAGAGGAAAGAAAAUCAAAUUUCACCAUCAUCAACAAUUUCAAUCUUCAAUCAUCAGGAUCUCAGGUUAUUCCUGACCGUACAAUGAUUCUGAAGGUUCAAUUUUACGAUGGGAUUGAAAUCCGUUGGUAAAUUCCUCAAAUUCGUAUAGUAGUAUUGUCAAAAAAAUUGGGGAUUUUGAGGGUUACUUUUUUUUUUCUCACUAAAUUUACUCCCUUUUUUUGUUUAAUUUAUGAUGUUAUGAGUGAUGAGAGUGGAAUUGGAAUUGAAGAAAUUGGGAAAAGGGAAAAUUUUGUGAGUUGAAAUUGAAAAUUAGGGUGUGGGUUGUGUCUGUUUUCGGGUGAUGGAUGAGGUGGUUAGACCUGUUGGUAGUAGUUGUAGUAGUGAAGUAGAGCAGUCUCAGUCUAGAGAUACUGUUGUCGAAACGGCGUCUUCCUCUGAUUCAGGAUGGCGUCCUAGGGAGCUUGCUUUUGCUCCAUUUGUGCCGCGGGGCGAUGAACAACGAGUUAAUGCUGCUGGAAAGUCCUUAAAGUUGCGUGCUUUUGUGAGAAAACCUUUGGUGGCAAGAUUGACCAAGGGAAUAGUUGAAACAUACCAAAUAUGCAAUCCAAAGUUUAAAUAUUCUGAUGAUCUAAAUCCCAAAAGAUUUUUGACCAGCCCAUCUACUGGAGUGCUUAAUGAUGGCUUUGAUAAUGCAAACUCGGAUCUUAUUCUGACAGUGAAUUUGGUCUUGAUCCAUUUAGAGAAAAGUAGAAGAUAUAUUGUCAAAGAUCUCCUUGGCCAUGGGACAUUUGGACAAGUGGCCAAAUGCUGGAAUUCAGAUACCAACAGUUUUGUUGCUGUGAAGAUCAUUAAAAAUCAACCUGCAUACUAUCAACAGGCACUGGUUGAAGUAACUAUUUUAACAACGUUAAAUAAGAAGUACGAUCCUGAGGAUAAGCAUCACAUUGUUCGUAUAUAUGAUUAUUUUGUAUAUCAACGGCAUUUGUGCAUAUGCUUUGAACUUCUGGACACAAACCUGUAUGAGCUUAUCAAAAUGAAUCAUUUUAGGGGAUUGUCUCUUGGUAUUGUUCAGUUGUUCUCUAAGCAGAUUUUAUGUGGACUGGCUCUAUUAAAAGAUGCUGGCAUUAUUCAUUGUGAUCUGAAGCCAGAAAACAUUCUUUUAUGUACGAGUUCCGUGAAGUCAGCAGAAAUUAAGAUUAUUGACUUUGGAUCGGCAUGCAUGGAAAACCGUACUGUUUAUUCAUAUAUUCAGAGUCGAUACUAUAGAUCUCCUGAGGUUCUUCUUGGAUAUCAAUACACAACAGCUAUUGACAUGUGGUCGUUUGGGUGCAUAGUGGCAGAAUUGUUUCUUGGAUUACCAUUAUUCCCCGGGGCUUCAGAAUUUGAUCUUUUGAAAAGGAUGAUUGAAAUAAUUGGAGGACAGCCACCUGAUUAUGUACUGCGGGACGCCAAAAACACUAGUAAAUUCUUUAAGUGUAUAGGGAAUCUCCAAAACAUAGAAAUCAGCGAGGGUUCCAAAAAUGGACGUGUUUAUCAAGCAUUGACAGCAGAAGAAUAUGAAGCUAGAGAUUUGAAGAAGCCGUCAAUUGGAAAAGAGUAUUUUAAACAUAUGAAUCUUGAAGCAAUUGUGACAAACUACCCCUACAGGAAAAACCUACCAAAGGAAGAUAUUGCCAAAGAAAGUCAAAUACGAUUGGCUCUUAUUGACUUUUUGAGAGGGCUUGUUGAAUUUGACCCUGCAAAACGCUGGUCACCCUUCCAGGCUUCAAAACACCCUUUUAUAACCGGGGAACCUUUUACUCACCCUUACAGACCUUCCCCUGAGACCCCUCACAUUCCGGUAGUUCAAAACGUCAAGGUUGAUAAUCAUCCAGGUGGAGGACACUGGUUUGCUGCUGGCCUAUCACCAAAUGUUGCAGGCAAAAACAGAGCUUCCCUCUAUAGCAGUCCUCAUUUUCAGCUGGCGCAACAUCCACCUGCUAAUAGCUAUGGCAGUGUAGGAAGCCAUGGGAGCUAUAAUGAUGGUAUUGGGCUUGGAAGCAGCUAUGGAAGUUAUGGAGAGAGCAGUAACAUGUUUGCUUACUAUUCACCUAUCGCUCCAUCUGGGAUGAACAUGCACAGUCAGGGUGGUAUGUCAAUGCUUGGAAAUAGUCCUGAUGCUCGGAGAAGAUUUAAGUACCAACCUGGGAAUGGGCUGGGUGUAAGUCCAUCUGGUGGAAAUUUCGCUCCCUUGCCUCUUGGUGCCAGCCCAUCUCAAUUUACUCCACCAAGUUCAUAUAGUCAGAUUUCAGUUGGUUCGCCAGGACAUUUUGGGCCUACAUCUCCUGCAAGAGGAGCUUCUCAUGGAUCACCUUUGGGCAAGACUGCUGCAGUCAGCCAGUUUAAUAGAAUGAAAAAUUGGGGACAUUCUGGAAGUCCUCAAACUCAAGAAACAGCAUUUUCUUCACAUUGGCAUGGUCAAUAUCCUGAUAGCUUUAGCCAAGCUGAGGGGACAUCACAUGCUCCUGGAAGUUCACCAUCAUAUUCACAAUCAAAUAUUAAUCCUGGAAAUUGGAAGCAGCGUGGAAGUGGAGGGGUAUCUGCUAAUCAGAACAUUCCAUCCAUGGUUAUGCCUGGUUCUAAUAUGAACUCACAAUCGAUGGAAUUGGUCCGUGACAAUGUGGAGACAGGUUUUUCAUUGCCUGAUCCUGGAGAUUGGGAUCCUAAUUAUAGUGAUGAACUACUUCUGCAAGAAGGUGGUUCAAAUGAAAGCUCUUUGACAACUGAAUUUGGCAGAAGUGUGAAUCUUGGUUCCACUGAACCGUGGUCUGGAUUUGGAAGACUAAAUGGACCCGGUCAAACAUUAUCUAAUGUAGAGAUGGGUAGCCCCCCGACACAUGAUCUCCCAGCAGCAUACAUACCCUCUAUGUCAAAGCCUUUUCAUCUCACGCCUCAUAUUUCACAAAAUUCUCCAAGCCGUUUUGGACACCAAUCUGUUCAAAGAUUUACACAUGGCAGACCUCCUCAGGGUAGUGACUGGAAUCAAAUUAAGAUUCAGGCUCCUUCUAAUUUCAGCAAUGUGGGCCCACGUUCUCCCAGGAAUGCCUCAUUCACUGGCAAUAUGACAUGGGGGAGAAGAAUGAAUCCUCCCAUGGCAAGUAUUCCUCCUAUUUCAAACAUGCCACCCACAUCUCGUUCAAGAAAAGACUAUGCAAGGAUAGAUUAGCACUAGUCCUGAUUGGGUGAACCAUCAUAGCUUUUUUUAUUUUUUAUUUUAUUUUUAUUGUUUCGGUUCAUGACAAGGGUGCUUUGUAUGAGCGGAGAACGGAAGGGAGUUGUAUGGAGAAAAGGUGAAAAAAUAGCCGGAAGCAAUGGUUCCUUACAAACCCUUCUAUAUCUUUGAUCAUUUGUUGUGCUUGCGCUUGAAAAUAAUUUAUAGUUUGCAUGUCAUUGAUCAUUUAUUAAGGUACUGGUAUCAAGUAAUUCAAAGGCACUAUAUGGGCUGAGAUGUCGUAAGAAAUCUUAGGAGUUGGUCACGUGCAUAAUUUUCUAAUAUUCAAUGCCAUUUUCUUUACCUUUUAUUGUAUUAUUAGAGCCCUUGGAGGUUUCUAAAAUGAUCUCUUCUACCUAUAUGUGGUUGCCCUUCACAUCUGAACUAUUAUAUAUUUGAUUUAUUUGGUAUGCUAGAUAGCUAGCUGCCUUGAACAUAAAUAUGCCUAUAGGGUGUGUGAUGGGGUGUGAAUACUAUCUCCAGCGGCAUGGCCAUAAUUUGAAGCUUAUGUUGAUUUAAGUUGGAACCAUUUUUAUGUUGAACUAAGUGAAUGUCACCAUGUCAAGAAAAAUGGGGUUUCUUUUA